AUGAUCUCAACGCAGAGCCAACACGUCUUCUCCCACCAGCACCAAUACCCCCAAGCCGAUCCCUCGUGGCUGCAGCAUCAGCAGCAGCACCACCAGGCCCAGCAACACCCACACCAGUCGCAGCAGCAGCACGCUUCCCUGGUCGCUCAACAGCAUGCCCAGGUGCAAGCCGCGGCUGCCGCGGCUCAGCAGCAACACUAUGGCCGCAUUGCCAUGAAUGGCAACGGCACUGGGAAUCCUGCGCAGGGAGCCGGCGGCGCCGCCGGUAUGGGAGGAGACGGCAUGGCCAACGGGGUGAACGUCAUGGACGGUGGAAUCAGCGAAGAGAACCGCAAGGUAUUCAUCUGGGUCGCAGAACUCUUGGAUCCCGCUCGCAGAGAAGCCGCCUUGAUGGAACUAAGUAAGAAGCGAGAACAAGUGCCUGAACUAGCUCUGGUCAUCUGGCACUCUUUCGGUGUCAUGACUGCGCUCCUACAGGAAAUCAUUUCUGUCUACCCGCUCCUGAACCCUUCUCAGUUGACUGCCGCCGCGUCAAAUCGAGUCUGCAAUGCGCUGGCGCUGUUGCAAUGCGUCGCAUCCCACAAUGAGACCCGCACUCUGUUUUUGAACGCUCACAUCCCCCUCUUCCUCUAUCCCUUCCUCAACACCACCUCCAAGUCUCGUCCGUUCGAAUAUCUUCGCCUCACUUCACUGGGUGUCAUUGGUGCCCUGGUGAAGAAUGACUCAUCCGACGUGAUCAACUUCCUCCUCACGACGGAGAUCAUCCCUCUCUGUCUCCGUAUCAUGGAGACCGGAUCCGAGCUCAGCAAGACCGUGGCUAUCUUCAUCGUGCAGAAGAUCCUCCUCGAUGAUAUUGGUCUGGGCUACAUUUGUGCAACCUACGAAAGGUUCUAUGCGGUGGGGACUGUUCUCAGCAACAUGGUCACUCAGCUAGUGGAGCAGCAGACCGUCCGUCUGCUCAAGCAUGUUGUGCGCUGCUUCCUCCGUCUCAGUGACAACAGCCGAGCCCGCGAGGCCUUGCGGCAAUGCCUCCCUGAACCUCUGCGGGAUGCAACUUUUUCCUCUGUCCUCCGCGACGACGCAGCCACCAAGCGCUGCCUGGCUCAGCUCCUCAUCAACUUGUCCGACACCGUUUCGGACGGGGGUCCCGCAGCCAUGUAA